AUGCAGAUGUCAAGCCGCUCCAAUUCAAGAAGCAACCAGCCACAGAGCAACCCUUCUUUUCAAAGCUCUUUUUCGAAUAAAUCAUUGCAGUCCCAAGGCUACUUCGCAAAAGACUUAUUUCCUCUGCUUCGCAAAGGGCUUGAAGGCUUAGGAUUCCAAAAGACCAGAGUGAUACAAGAAAAUGACAGAUACCUAAUUAUGAUUGCAAUAGGCGACCAGAGCGAACUGUAUGAAGGCAAAUGGGGGAAUUUCCCCAUCAUUUUUGAGGCGAAAAAUGGGAUUUUGGAACUUCGACUUCUUUUAGCGAUCAAUUCCAAAGCAGCAAUUUUUAAUGAAGAGGCGUUUUAUAUAGCAAAUGAGUUCCUCAUUCGGGUUAACUACAAAUCAGAUAUCGGCCAUUUCCAAUGGGAUUGUGCAAAGAGACAAGUUUUAUACAGGGUCGUGUUUUCUUGUAUAGGACUCACAACUAAGGACAUCCUGGAAAUCCUUAUCCCAUUUUGCUAUGAUAAUUAAAUCCUUGUUUUAAAUUAAACUUUUGAGAAUGAGCAUAAAUUUUUAUAUAGAGAGAGCAAACAAACAGCUAUGCUAAUUUUACUUAAAAUUCAAAAAUACUAUGUAUAUAUAAGUUAAAUAAUUUCUCCCCCUUUUUAAGAAGUGAGGGUUAGAAAAAUGAUAGGGGAAGCUAUUUAUUCGUACAAAAUUUAUGGGUACGGCUUUGUGAAAAUUUAUGAAAACCCAGACCAAGAUCCAGUACAACUAAUAAUGACCUGUGAAGACCGUAUUACAUCUGUGCUUCCCAGAACUUUUCAUUUAGACGAAUCAUGUGAAAGUGAGGAUAGAGACACAAGACAUCUGAACGACUGAUAUGUAGCUGUUUUCGACAGCCCAGCCCAAUUCCAAGCCGAGCUUAAUCUAAUAGAAGAGCUUGCAAAAGACGAAUUUAUAUCAGGUGUAUUCGAGUUAGAUGGGAAAAGAAUCAGCCACCAAAUGAUUGAGUACUGCCAUAUGCGUGGUGUGCCACUUGUCAAAGCUUUAGUAAAUACUGACAAGGCUUAUUCAGACUUCAUAGAAGAUAUCGUUCUCGGGUUAUUUGACUUGGGCUACGUUUUUGAUGGAAUUCCUUACAAAUCCAUGAGAAAUUAAAUGAUGACGUCAACGGAUAAAACACAUUCCCUAUUGAGCAGCAGCACCUAGACGAGGAUGAAAAUAAUGUCUCUGUUACUUUUGAAGUAAGUCUUUGGGUAUAGGACGCUUGCCGAAGAGGAAAGUUUUAUUUCCCUCAAAAAUUUUACCUGUCUCUGCCAAUGGGCUAGACAAGUUUUACCUCCCACUUAGUCUUUGCUUAUCAGGACUAUCAGAGAUGGCUCUAACCUAAGGAGUAAAUUCUUAGGUUAGGUCAGUUUACGCCAGAUAGGCAGGCUAGUGGCUAUCUGCUUAUGGUCUUAUACUCUUAACUUAAAAAUCCAUGGUGGUUGUCAAAGGAGAUAUAAAAAUUUGCUACAAAGGAAAACUUCAAGAGAUUAUAAUCCCUAUCACAAGCGACAUUACUGAAGACGAUUUGCUGCUAAACACUUACAGUGAAAUGACUGAUAUUCUCUGUGAAAUUAUGAAUGAUCCUACCAAUUAUGCUUCUGAUAUUGACUUCAUCAAAUGCUCAGCUUUAGAUGUCGAAGACGAUUCUCUAGAAGCCUCCAAAACCCAUCUAAAAGAAAUGCUUAAUACUGAUGUAGAUUUAGUCAAAAUCGGGACUGAUCAAAAAAUCGCUGAAGAGCACUGAAGCAUGUAUAACUAUCAUUUAUGCUUAAAUAAUGACUCUGUGCUCAGAUGUUAUGGGCUGUAUAGAAUCAAGUCCAAUAUCUACGCAGUUUUCGAAAAAUGUUCACUUACACUUGAAGAGUUUUUGCAUGAAAAAAAUAUCCCUUAUGAUUCAGAAAUUGAGAAAAAAAGAAAAGAUUGGCUGUCACAAAUUGUGUAUGCACUUAAGCAUGUAUAUAUGAAAGAAAUCCCAUUUUUCUGUGUUGAUUUAGGACUGAUUAUGCUGAAUAAGCGGGAUGAAAUUAAGCUAAAGAUCAUUAGUCAUGAUAAAGCUAGGCCAUUUUGAAAAUCCCCUGAAAUAUUGCAGGGCUUGAUUGACGAUAAAAGUGUGAUUUUUUCUCUUGGAAUGAUCAUUUAUUAUUUUAUUGUUGGGUAUAAUUAUUAUGAACAAAAAAUCGACGAAAGCGACUUGAAGAGUGCUAUAUGUGAAGAGCAUAUCAAGCCAAUUGUUCCUUGGAAAAUUGAGGAAAACUUUUCUGAGUUGGUGGAUCUGAUGAGGGAUUGCUUGAUUUAUAAGAGUAGAAACAGAAUUGCAAUCAUCGAUGUAGGGAAAAGACUAUCAAAUAUUUCAUAA